UAAAGUGGUCAAAAGAAGCUAAGAGUUCAGAUAAGCUACUCGGAUAUACAUUAAAAAAAAGUUUAUGUCCCUAAAACAUAAAUGGGACAUAAAUUGUGUUGCUAGGUAGUAACAUCGCUGUUUUGAAGAGCUUUGUAGUUUUAUAUGUUAAACAAACCCAAGCAUCAUCGAGUGGUAUAUAGUACACAUGUAUUUAUGCUGAGAUUAUCCCUACUUCCGAUAAUCAGAAGGUACAAACACACGGUCCUAUAAUGAGUAAAGAGGACAAAUCUGGUAUGGACCCGACCGCAUUCAGCCAAUACCUGACGGGCAUCUACCAGGGUGGGUGUGUCAUGCUAUCUGUUGCCAUUGGGCAUGAGCUGGGACUCUUCAAGGCCAUCUGUGGAGCGCAAGGACCAUUCAGUUUGGAGGAUAUCGCGGGAAAACUAAAAUUCAAAUUAAGAUAUACCAAGGAAUGGCUGUCGACAAUGGUAGCAGCCGGUAUUUUGCACCAAGACCGGGAUUCGCGACUCUACACUGUGCCCGAGGGUCAUAAGCCCGCCCUUCUGAAAGACACGAGCUAUGCACCAGAGAUUAUCACUCUUAGCGCCAGAGCGAACCAUAUUCAAAAGUGUUUCCAAGAGGAUGGGCCUUACGGCAUUAGUUAUGCCGAAAGCCCUGAGUGGUUUGAGUGGCUCAAUGGCUAUCGGAGCGAUACGGGUGAAGACACGGUGAACAGCGAGAUUGUACCUAUAUGGAAGCAGCAGUCAAGCAUUAUUCCGCGUCUAGAAAGUGGUAUCAAGGUCCUAGAUCUUGGUUGUGGGCCUGGGAAUUACACAAACAUUCUUUCACAACGAUUUUCCAAUUCCACUUUCGUUGGGCUCGACUUCUCGGAAUCUGCUAUAGAAAUGGCCAACAGAGACAAGGCCGAGCGGGGUUUAUCCAAUGUAACAUUUCAGGUGGGCGACGCGCAUAAUCUGCAGGAAGACUGGACAGAAGACUUCGAUAUGGUGUUCGUGUACAACGUCCUUCACGACCUACCGAAUCCCCAUAAAACAUUGAAUCAGAUCCACCGAAUCCUCAAACCUGAUGGAUGCUUCAGUCUUAUUGACAUUGGUUUCCAUAGCGACCCGGUAGAUAACGCCGGCGACAUGUCGGCUGCCAUGUAUUACAGCUGCAGCAUCUUCCUAUGUCUGGCUUCUAGUAUGACAGAGGAGGCACGGGUCGGCUACGGUGCGUGCUGGGGCCGCGAGGAGAUUGAGAAGGCCGUCCUGGGAGCCGGAUUCAAAAUCAGCGGCGAGUCUUCGCUAGUCGUUAUGGGAACAAAAUGUUUCUUCUUUUGUACCAAAUGACUUAUAGAACUAUAUAUUUUACAUAGUUAAUCGUACAUGAAUUCGUUUUAGAUAAAACUUUCAUUGCACGUCGUUCGGUUUUGACAUUAACUCCGAUCCUUAAAUAUACCAAAGUAACCAGAGAUGUGAAUUUGUGCAAACAAUCUGCUGGAAAAACCAAUGUUAGAACUGCACAGGCACCGGUUCAAUGACAUACUAUUAUGUCCAAUGCAGGUGUUCAUGAAACAUCUUAGAUAAUUAAUUUCAAUAUAGUUAGACAUAGUUUUAGAUGUGGAAUUAGACCAGAAUUCCACGGAAUUGGAUGCGUCGCAUGUUUUGAACGCGCUCCGUCAUAAAACAAUAAUAUUAUCCAUUUAUAUCAUUUAUUUAUUUUGACAGACAGACGGACAGUUUAUUCUGACAUGACCGAUAUACAUCGUCAAUAAGGAGCAACAAUAGUACAUUUGUGUUUUACCAAUGUUCAAUACUACAUGGAAGUUAAAUAUUAAGCUGGAAAACACAGCCGUAGUAUUAACCCACGAUAGUAAGUUCGCACACAUGUUUCGUGACGACUUUUAGUGCAUGUCAUAGGAUAUUCUUAGGAUUGUCGUUGGUUUAUCGUAGGACUACCGAUGGAAUUUCCUACGCCGGAAUCGUAGGGCCUCUGAUGACCGCAAUGUCGUACACAUACGUAGGUCUUCCGACAGGAACAAAGUGAAGAAAGUUGUUGAGCAUCGCACGGCAUACCUACGAAAUUGGAGUAAAGUUUUCCGUCGCAAAACACCUAAAUUUCGCACAGGUUUCCGUCACAUGACUUGGACACUUAAAUGUGGCAAUUUCGCCAUUUCAUGCGGAACAAAAAAUGUAGAUGGUUAUAAACUAGUAAAUGCAUACACUAAGUGGAUAGUGGUCUAUAAUAAUAAGUCGGGCCAUAUCAGUAUUCUUUAUCUAUUGUGGAAAUAAUAUAAACUAUGGCUAGGUAAAAACAUGGCCAUUUUUUCUUAAAGGUGAAAUCUUUCACGAAAUGGUUUCAGUCAUGAAAUUUUUCACGAAAUGGUUUGUGAGUAACAGUCCUAGGGGUUGAGUAUUGUACGACCAUUAUCUAUGUCUGCAUCCAUUUAAGAAAUUAAUUGAACUCCGCGCCUUUAUUAAACUGGCAACAUUG